AAUAUGCGGUAAAGUGCAACGUUUUAUACGCCGUUCGUGUUUGUAUUUCAGCUGUUGAGUCGUACAGUUGUGCGGCUCGUGAGUUGGGAAACGUACGGUUUUAUACAUCUUUUGCUGACAAAACAAACGUUCUAAUUUAAAAAUGACAGGGUUUACAGAAAGUGCACUUGUGAAAAGAUUAAUGGACUUAAAUCCCUCUCAACAAAGCAUUCAAACACUUUCUCUUUGGUUAAUUCACCACAGAAAACAUCAUCCGACCAUCGUGAAAGUCUGGUUUAAAGAGAUGUGUAAAGUGAAGGAUAAUCGUAAACUGAUGUUUAUGUAUUUGGCAAAUGAUGUUAUUCAAAAUAGUAAAAAGAAAGGACCAGAGUUUGGAAAAGAAUUUGAGACAGUUUUACCGAAAGCUUUUGAACAUAUGAAGGGAUUUGAUGAAAAGACAAGGGAGAGAUUAAAUAGGCUACUUCAAAUUUGGGAAGAAAGAGGAGUCUAUGAUAAGGCACAAAUUGCAGAGUUUAAGGCUGCUUUUACAGAUACCUCAAAAGAUCCGGGAACGCCACCUCCAAAAAAGAAAUUUAAGAAUGAUAUAGAAAAAGUAAAGAAAGAUAAAAAGGAGAGAAAGAAAUCAGAGACUGAGGUUGAAGUGGAUGGAACCAAAGAGCUACAUGUAACACUAAGUCCUCGUACUCCUGCUGGAGACCCACCGGAAACUGAGGAACUCAUCAAAGCCUUAAUGGAUUUGGAAAACACAGCAUCUUCAGAUGCUGGUGUUAGAGAACGUAUUGCCUCUUUACCACCAGAAGUUUCUGAAGUUUCGCUUCUUGCGAAUUUAGCAGACAGAGCAGCUGCAGAUCAAUUAAGUGUUGCAGUAAAUGAAGCUGCUGCAUUGUUAGCAGAUUAUAACGGACGACUCCAAGCAGAAAUGGAAGACAGAAGGAGAUUGCUAACUAUGCUCAGAGAUUACACUUUGGCACAAAGGCAGUUACUUCAACAGGCACAAGCAACGUUAGAAGACUAUAAAGAAAAACUUAAAAAAGUAUGCGCUGUCCGAUCCGAAGUGAAGUCACACAUUUCCAAUUUACCUGAUUUGACACAAUUACCUGAUGUUACAGGCGGAUUGGCACCACUUCCUUCAGCUGGUGAUUUGUUUUCUAUGCACUAGCACGUGAGUUUAGAAAACACGAUUGCUGAAUUAUUUUUUAGUUCCAUGCAUAAAUAAAUGCAACCAUGCUAUGUUAGCUUGGUUUUUGUGAUGAAAUAUAUCUUAUAUUAUAACUUUAUACUUUUCAAUAUUUAAUACAUUAAAUAUUGAUCCUCGCAUGUAAUUACAAAGAAAGGUACUGAUAAAUGAAUAUCACAGGAUCAUUUUACAAAAUAUUUUAGUAAUGUGAAUAAAGCAAACGAACCAAGUAAUUGUAUAACAUUUCAGAAUUUAUAAAACUAUAGUGCCAGUCAUUUUCAAUGUUACAUUUCAUUUGUAAACUACCUACUUUUUGUUUUUUUAAGCUUUAUAAGUAAAAUGCAAAUGAAAGUUAAUUUUUACUAGGAUAUCUUGAAAAAUUAAACAAAAAUUUUUGGUCCAAAAUUAACAAUGUCCCUGCUUUCAUAUUUUAUUCAUAAAAAGUAUCUGAUAAGUUUAUAACUUUCAAAUAUAUUACUUGUAAAGAAACAUAUAUUAUAAAGAAACAAAACGGAAGAAAAAUAUGAAUAAACAUGUCCAUUAUUUGAAGUUCUAAAUGAUACAAAUUGGAAAUUUUGUUUUCAAUUUAAUUGUUCCAUUGAAAACUUCCAAUAGAAAUGAAAAAGAAAAGUAUAUAUUUAUGAAAUAACGAAAUAUAUUAUAUAUGUUAAAAAUAUGCAAUUAGAAAUUGGCAAAUACAGAAAAUUUUUAGUUGUCCAAACAUUGCUAUUAGCAGUGUUAGAAUUAGAAUGUUACACUUAUAAUACUUGCUAAUUAUCCCUUGUAUAUAUAUAUCGUAGGUAAUGUAAUACUGGGACUGAGAAACGCGUCUUAAAUACAUAAUGCUAUAGUUGAUUUUGAAUGAAUACUGAUCUGCGUAAAUAAAUAAUAUUGUAUAUGUAAUAUUGUACGAAAUAAAUCGCGUGAUUGUGCAUUGCGAAAAUUGUAAUAAUAUGCAGAAUAUUAAUACGAAUAAAUGUUUUGAUCGUUAUAA